AGGAUAAAAGAAACAAGGAUCAUCAAGAAGUUUCCGAGUGUUUUGUUCACGCACAAAGAAAGAAAACAGAAAAAGAAAAAGAAAAAGAAAAAGGAUGUCGAGCCAAGUGCGGAGACGAGAGGGAGAGUUCUUAUCUAUGAUUGGAUGUACUGUGGAAUUCAGUUCGGCUUCCCUUUCGUCUUGCAGGAUUGAACUGAAAACGGCGUGCUAACUUCACACAUCACCGAUGGCCCGAUCAGCCUCAGUAGCACGCACGUAGUAAAGAGACAAUCUUUCGACUUACAGGGUACCUUUGUAAUUUCACCUCUUCUUACUUCCGACGCGGUUUCGCACUGUAUUUCUCCUCCAGUCCACCCACCUUCUUUCCACCCCCGGAGAACAGAGACACCCCCAGAUAGAGAGAGAGAGAGAGAUUCGGCAAAACAGAAAGAAAAUUAGGGUUUCUGAUUCUAAUAUUCUCAAAACAUAUCUCUUGCAUACACACGUUUGGAGGGAGAGAUAAAUUAGGUUUUCUGAUAUUUUCUAAUUACGUUACUCAUCCCCCGAUUCUUCCGACUUAGAUUUUCUACUUCCAAUCCAACAUACUCAAAGACAAACAGUUCUUUAUUAUCCCACUGUCACUAUCUCUUUCUCAUUUCCAAAAAGUAACAAAUUCUGAAACAGAGAGGGAGAUAAUUGGAUCAAAUUGAUAAGUCACAGAUUGGGCAUUUAAGCUAUGGACUUAGACAGCGGUAACAAGCGUAUGUUCCAGCGGCUGGGUGGGCCCGUGGAUCCCAAGAACCAAAAGGUCUGCUUCCAUUGGCGGGCCGGUAAUUGCACUCGCCACCCAUGUCCGUAUCUACAUAGAGAAUUGCCACCUCCGCCUUCCAACGGCUCCUCCUCCAAGCGGGCUCACGGCUUUGUCGAUGACUCAUCGGGCUUCUCGGGCCCCCGGGCCAGGACAAAUUACACCGGUUCGACGUGGGGCCGUUCCCACGGCGGUGCAAAUAGUAGAACGGUUAGGAAGCCGGAGAGAGUAUCCAAGAUUUGUAAAUAUUGGGUUCAGGGGAAUUGUGGCUACGGCGAGCAGUGUAGGUUCUUGCAUUCUUGGAGCUUGGGAGAGGGUUUUUCGAUGCUAACGCAGCUCGAGGGGCAUCAAAAGGUUGUGAGCGGGAUUGCGUUACCAUCGGGGUCCAAUAACCUUUACACGGGCAGUAAGGACGAGACUGUAAGGGUUUGGGAUUGCCAGUCUGGGCAGUGUAUGGGAGUGAUUAAUCUCGGUGGUGAAGUAGGUUGUAUGAUCAGUGAAGGUCCUUGGCUCUUUGUUGGGAUACCAAAUAUUGUCAAGGCAUGGAACACCCAAACUUCUACUGAGCUGAGUCUAAGUGGGCCUGUAGGACAAGUUUAUGCCAUGGUUGUGGGUAGUGAUUUACUCUUUGCUGGUACGCAGGAUGGGUCUAUAUUGGCAUGGAAGUUUAAUGCUGUUACCAAUUGUUUUGAACCAGCUGCAUCCCUUAAAGGUCAUACCCUUGGAGUUGUUUCACUAGUAGUUGGAGCUAAUAGACUCUAUUCUGGGUCCAUGGACUGUACUAUAAGAGUCUGGAACCUUGAAACUUUGCAGUGUAUACAGACACUUAAAGAGCAUACUGCAGUUGUGAUGUCUGUUCUUUGCUGGGACCAGUUUCUAUUAUCAUGUUCAUUAGACCAAACAAUAAAGGUGUGGGUUGCUACAGAAAGUGGAAAUUUGGAAGUCACAUACACUCACGAAGAAGAACAUGGCCUACUUACCCUCCGUGGAAUGCAUGAUUCGGAAGCCAAGCCAAUUUUGCUAUGCUCUUCCAAUGGUAACUCUGUCCACCUGUAUGAUCUGCCAUCAUUUACCGAGAGGGGUAAAAUCUUUGCUAAACAAGAGGUUCGAGCAAUUCAGGUUGGUCCUGGUGGCCUGUUUUUUACUGGUGAUGGAGCAGGUCAAGUAAAAGUGUGGCAGUGGUCAACUGAACCAACAGCUAAUGCCUGAUGAGCGACCCUAGUUUUCUCUAUUGAAUUAUAUUUAUCAGCUUAGUUCACUUUUUUUUCUUCUUUAGUUUUUCUUUUCUGGCCUCUUAUGUAAUUGGUGAGUUCGUGGAAGGAAUUGUAAGAUGAGAAUGCCGGUUUGGGGUUUAUAGUAGUUGGUGUUUUCUGUUUAGUAGCAUCGAAGCUAUUGUCUCCUUGCCUUGUGUCAUAACUUAUAAAGAUAUGCUUCUUGGACCAUAUCCAGGCUGUAAGAUUUUGACAAAUAUUCAUGAAAAUUGAGCCAAUAUUCAUAUUGGUUGAUGCAAUAUAGACAGAUUUCUUGUC